UUUUGACUGUUUGAAUCUAACUUUGGCAAUCUUAAGCCUUAUUUUAUGGUUCACUAAGAACUAUAAAUUAAAUCAUUUUGUACUGCUCUUAUGACAAAGAAAAAAACCAAAAUGGCAAACUUUCAACAACAAGAAAUAUCCAUCAAAAUCGAAUAAGAUUGCUUUGUAAAACCAAAAUAUGAGAUUGAAGCCAUGAAAAAGCCUUACCAUUUAGGACCCGCUGAUUUAAUCAUGUUAUCAAUUGAUCCCAUACAAAAAGGCCUUCUUUUUUCACUUGAUUCUACAAACAUUAUUGGAAUAGAUCGAACCACAUUUUUGUCCAACUUUGUAGAGAAGCUCAAACAUUCACUUUCAAUUGCACUUGUUCAUUUCUACCCAUUAGCAGGUAGGUUUAGUACACAAAAAUACGUCAAUGAAAACGCUUGUUCAAUCUACGUCGAACCCAACAAGGGCCCGGGUGCCCGGUUCAUCCAUGCGACGGCCCGAGAGUUCACUGUAUCUGAUGUUAUUUCUCCUAAUGAUGUUACCAUUGUUAGAUCUUUCUUUGAUCUCGGUGAAAAAUGUUUAAACUAUGAUGGUCUUACUAAGGCAUUAUUGUCAAUCCAGGUAACUGAACUCUUAGAUGGGGUGUUUAUUGGGUUUAGCUUAAACCAUAGUGUAGUAGAUGGUACCUCUUUUGUUCAUUUUGUUAAUAUGUUUUCUCAUAUAUUUAGAAAUCAUGAUGAUAAUGUAAUACAUGAAAGUAAGAUCGCAAAAAUUCCACGUGUGCCGAUAUUUAAUUAUAGGCCUUGGUUGAGUCAUGAUGCUGAUAACGAGGAUGUUGCAGUUAUCAAGUUUCCAGUACUUGAUUUGGAUAAAUUAAUGAAUCGAGAAUAUAACCCAGGACCGUUAAGAGAAAGAAUAUUUCAUUUUUCACACACUUCGAUGUCAAAGUUGAAGGCUAAGGCUAACCAAGAAUGUGGAACUGAAAAUGUUAUAUUAUCUUUUCAAUCCUUGAGUGCAUUUGUUUGGAGGUCCAUAACACGAGUUAGAAACUUAGCACCGGAUCAACAAACUAGUUGCUUCUUUGCUAUUGGUGCUAGGGGCCGAUUCGAUCCGCCUAUAUCAGAUGACUACUUUGGGAGCUUUCUUUAUAGAGCCCAAUAUGAUUGCAAGGUGAAGGAGUUAUUAGAUAAUGGAAUAGGUUGGAAUGCAACUAAAUUACAUGAACUCAUCAAGACCCAAGAUGGAAAAUCAAUACUUGAGUUUUAUGAGGAGUUUGCAAAAGCCCCAUUCGUGGUUCCACGUGGUUCAGACCCGAAAUCUCUUGGGGAGAAUGGUGUAACAAUGGGAGGAUCUGCAAGAUUUGAUAUGUAUGGGUUCGAAUUUGGGUUAGGUCGGCCUUUGGCUGUUCGGAUGGGCUACGCCAAUAAGAAGAAUGGAAAAAUAACGGCUAGUGCAGGAUGUCAAGGAGGAGGAAGUGUAGAUUUGGAAAUCUGCCUUAGGCCUCGUAUCAUGUCUGCCCUUGAAGCAGAUCAGGAGUUUAUGAGUUUUGUGUCCUAAACGAGUUUUUCUAAAACGAUGGUUCGCCAGUUAGCAUUUGCCUCAGAAAAAUAUCGUGAUUGUUUGGUACAUAUGAGAAUUUAAUUUUUAUGGGAAGUUUUAUUUCAUAGUAAUUUAUUGCCCUUGUGUAAUUUCUAUAAAAUUGACUAAUGUGUUUGGUUGACAUCAA